UUGUUCAUGACUUCUCCAUGCGCCGCUUGUCGAAUGCUUCACCGGAGAUGCAAUGCUAAAUGCAUGCUAGCUCCGUAUUUCCCCGCAGAUGAGCCAGGGAAAUUUGCAGCAGUACAUAAGGUGUUUGGAGCUAGCAAUGUUAUCAGAAUGCUUCAAGUGAGAAAAACCAAGAUAGUGGAUGAAGAGAGAAGAGAUGAUGCUGUGAAGGGGUUGGUGUAUGAAGCUUAUGCCAGGCUGAGAGACCCUGUCUAUGGAUGCACAGGUGCUAUCUUUUAUCUGCAGAAAUGUGUUGAAGAUCUUGAGAAGCAAUUGAGAGAAGCACGGGAGCAGGUUCUCCAGUCGCGCGAGCAGAUAGAUCAGCUGAUGAACUUUCUGAUGAACAAGGAAAUGAUAUGAGACUUUCAAAGGAAUGUGUGAAUGUGGUUCAAAGGUUGCAGUUUGUCUAUGAAUGCAGAGGAGUAAGAAAAGUGUAAAAGUGCAGUGUUAAUUUCUGCAACCAGACUGACUGAGAACUGUGAAGAGUCCCUUUGUUUGUCCUGUUUUAUAUAUGAAAGAUGGGAAAUAAGAA